GGAAAUGUAAGCAACCUUUCACGAUCAUGCUGGACUCCUCCCCUAGCUAUCCAAUGGACUUCAACUCAAUCAGACUCUGAAACAGGAGAGAAAACACACAGAACUAAGUGAUUCAGCACACAAUUUUCACAGUGACAAUUUUGAUAUCGGUUUGCAAUAAUGACUGGGAAACCCCUUGUUGUGAACGUGGACAAAUGGAUUGCAGAGAAUGAGAAGGCUUUUUUGCCACCGGUGUGCAAUAAACUCAUGCAUUUGUCACAGCUGAACAUCAUGUUUGUUGGAGGUCCCAACAGCAGAAAGGACUACCACAUAGAGGAAGGGGAGGAGCUCUUUUACCAGGUGAAAGGGGACAUGUGUCUGAAGUUGGUUGAGAAUGGCAAACAUAAGGAUGUGCGUAUCCGCGAGGGAGAGAUGUUUCUGCUUCCAGCUCGAAUCGCCCACUCCCCCCAGAGACAGGCUAACACUGUGGGGCUGGUGGUGGAGAGAAGGAGGCUUCAGUCAGAGACCGACUGUUUAAGGUACUAUGUGGACAACACUUCAGACAUCCUUUUUGAGAGAUGGUUUAACUGUGAAAACCUGGGGACCCAGCUGGUGCCACUGAUUCAAGAGUUCUUUGCGUCGGAGCAGCACAGAACAGGCAAGCCAAACCCAGAUGAAGUCUUCAGACAGCCUCCCUUCCCCAUGAACACCAUGCAUGUGAUGACCCCCUUCCACUUUAGAGACUGGGUGGACAAACAGCAACCCUCACUGGCCAGUGGACGCCCCAUAGACAUGUUUGGGGGACAGUUUGAGACAGAGACCCUCCUGUAUGGGCCCGGGCAGACAGAGGCUUGUGAACGAGAAACUGAUGUCUGGAUAUGGCAGCAGGAGGGAUCCUCCCAUGUGACUCUGGAUGGCCAAGAGUUCCCUCUAUCCACAGGAGACAGUCUACUCAUUCCUGGACACAGCCAGUACCAAUGGAGUCGGGCUGAGGGGAGCGUUUCCCUGUUUGUUGCUCAGAACCCAGAGAGAAAGCGUGCAUGACCUCUGAUGACCCCACUCUCUUCUGUGACACACAAGGAAAAAGGAGGGUCAGCAAAAGAGAUUGUAUGCUCUUUUGCUACAGAGAGCAUGAUUAUAACCCUGUCAUAAAUUACGUUGAAGAAUAACUCUGCAAUGAACUCAAAGAUCAGAUAUCAAAUCAAAUCAAAUCAAAUUUGAUUUGUCACAUACACAUGGUUAGCAGAUGUUAAUGCGAGUGUAGCGAAAUGCUUGUGCUUCCAGUUCCGACAAUGCAGUAAUAACCAACAAGUAAUCUAACUAACAAUACCAAAACUACUGUCUUAUACACAGUGUAAGGGGAUAAAGAAUAUGUACAUAAGGAUAUAUGAAUGAGUGAUGGUACAGAGCAGCAUAGGCAGGAUACAGUAGAUGGUGUCGAGUACAGUAUAUACAUGAGGUGAGUAUGUAAACAAAGUGGCAUAGUUAAAGUGGCUAGUGAUACAUGUAUUUCAUAAGGAUGCAGUCGAUGAUAUAGAGAUAUGGAGAGGUAGAGUAAAACAGGGAGUAAAACUAUUUGUUAUUUUCAGAACAAAUUAUAAUAGAACAUCUUCACAAACGUAAUUUAAAUAAUAAACUUGAUUAAGUUGUAGUAUACUUUCGGAAUUAUUUUGAAACUGAAUUUAAUUGAAACUGAAUUGUACAUUUGUAACUCGUUUCAGGAAACUAGUUAUAUGUUGCGCGUCACUAAUUCACAGGAGAUCAAUUUGAAUGUAAACUUUUUUUAAUCAAAAUGCGUUUUUUUUGGCAGAAAUGCCUUCUGGAACAUAUAAACUUUCAUGUGCC